AUGGCCUGUCUCAAUCGCCUGAAAUCCGAUAUUCGCAUUUUGUGUGAGAUAUUUCCGCCUACGCAUUCGCUGUUUCGAGUAACGAGCGCCACCGUCGACGAGAUAACCUGCUCUUUUGUUGUGAAGAAGGGAUCAAGUGAGAAGAAGUACUCUAUAAAUGCCAACAUAACCGAGAACUACCCCUCGGACCCGCCGGUGUGGUUCUCCGACUCUGAUGAUAUCUCCGGCUCAGUCCAAGUUCUAGCCACCACCGAGGGCAAUGACAACUAUCUUCUUGGUCAAGUUGUCCUUUUGCUGGAGCACCUGUGUCACCAGUUUAAAAUCACCCCUCCAGAGGCAGACAUGGUGAAGAUGCGAGAUCAGUGGCUGAACCCGUACACCACCCAGUCAAUUGUGCUCAACCAGCGACUCAACAAGAGCAACGGUCCGGCGGUGAGCAAUGGCACGGCGGCGAAGAGUCUGCUGCCGGUCGAAAAUGGCGAGAACGGCCACUCGUCGUCCUUCUCCUCCUCGAACUCCUCCUCCACCAGCUCUAUCUCCUCGCUGAACUCCUUCGGCUCAUCUCAAAUCAACCACAUUACCUCUGCAGCUGCAAGGCUGAAUCAAUUGCCAAAAAUCUCCUCCACCACGACUUCAUCGACGGCGGUGAAGCAGCACGCAGCGGCCAUGCAGGCCCCGGAGAGCAAUAAGAAGGCUCGCAGCUCCAACUCUACUUCCAGCGACUCUACGGUCCAGGUCAGAUCAACCGUGAAGCACGAGUCCAUUGACGAGGACGACGACGACCUGAACGACCUCAACUCCGACGAGGACAUGGACGACGACGCUGAUAUUCACAUUGAAAUGGAGGAGGAGGGACCGGACAAUCAGAGCAAUGACGGCAUCAGGACGGAGGACCUGGCGACGCUGGAGCGAAUACGGCAGAACCAACGGGAGAACUACCAGAACGGCUCGGUGGCCUAUUCCGUCCAGGCGACUGAUCGGCUGAUGAAGGAGCUGCGCGAGGUCUUUCAGAGUGACAGCGUCAAGAAGGGCGUCUUUGCGGUGGAGCUUAUCAACGACAACCUCUACGAGUGGAAUGUCCGCCUGAUGAAGGUCGACCCUGACUCGCAGCUGCACGCCGACCUGGCCGUGCUGAAGGAGAAGGAGGGCCGGGACUCCAUUCUACUCAAUGUCAUCUUCAAGGACACCUACCCCUUUGAGCCUCCCUUUAUUCGCGUCGUCCACCCCUUCAUCAACGGCGGCUACGUUCUGGGCGGCGGUGCUAUCUGCAUGGAGCUCCUCACCAAACAGGGAUGGAGCAGCGCAUACUCGAUGGAGGCCAUCAUUCUACAGAUCUCAGCGACCCUUGUCAAAGGAAAGGCUCGAAUUUCCUUUACCGGCAGCAGCAGGGUAAGUACAGGUCAGUACAACCUUGCACGAGCUCAGCAAUCAUUUCGCUCAUUAGUGCAGAUUCACGAAAAGAGCGGCUGGUACACUCCACCGCAGGGCGACGGCUAA